AAAAUCGUCAUUUUGAAGUGUCAUCUUCUCUUAUUGUACGCAACAACAACGAACCAUUUCUCAAUUGGAUUGUGACAUGUGAUGAAAAGUGGAUUUUAUAUGACAACCAGCGAUGACAAGCUCAGUGGUUGGAAUGAGAAGUUCCAAAGCACUUCCGAAAGCCAGAGUUGACCAAGAAAAGGUCAUGGUCACUGUUUCCUGGUCUGCUGCUGGUCUGAUCCACUACAGCUUUCUGAAUCCUGGUGAAACCACUACAUUUGAGAAGCAUGCUCAGCAAAUGGAAGAGAUGCACCAAAGACUGCAACCCCUACAGCCAGCAUUGGUCAACAGAAAGGGCCCAAUUCUUCUCCAUGACGAUGCCCAACCACACAUUGCACAACCAACACCUCAAAAGUUCAACAAAUUGGGCUACGAAGUCUUGCCUCAUCCACCAUAUUCACCUGACCUCUCGCCAACCGACUACCACUUCUUCAAGCAUCUGGACAACUUUUUGCAAGGAAAAUGCUUCCACAACCAGCAGGAUGCAGAAAAUGCUUUCCAAGAGUUUGUCGAAUCCCGAAUCAUGGAUUUUUACACUACAGGAAUAAACAAGCUUAUUUCUUGUUGGCAAAAAUGUGUUGAUUGUAUUGGUUCCUAUUUUGAUUAAUAAAGAUGUGUGUGAGCCUAGUUAUAAUGAUUUAAAAUUCACAGUCUGAAACUGCAAUUACUUUUGCACCAACCCAAUAU